AUGAAUCCAGUUAGUCCCUGGCUGGCCGCGUUGGCCGAACAAUGUCUCUUGUUCUACCUCGGCCGAAACAGUUACGAUGGAAUCCAAGUGGAAGACCAUGAGGGUUGUCUCAACUUCAGUAUACGCGGGCUUGUCAUGUCAGCCAUAAUUGAAAAGUGGGGCCAAGGAGAGGAGGGUGACCGCGCUACGUUGACGGAUUCCAUGAAUCAUAUAGAUGCCAUCUUCUCGCGCGACUCGCUUAAUGAGCAUGAGGCUACCUCCCCUUGCCCAUCUACGAUCAAAUAUGGACCCAAAAGGCAGCUUAUUGACCUUCUUGAUGUAAAGCUGGCUCUUCUGUACUCGACAAAAUCCUCUGAUAUCGAACUUCGCGUCAAUCGCUUUCGAAUACGUUGGAAUGAGGUCACAAAGGGGGAACCUCCUAAACCGAAGCUCAAGAAGGCGCCGGCUAUCAAAUGCCUUAUGAAAGAGGCAUGUCGGAGAACGCAGACAGGUUCAGCUGAUGCUAGGCCUAAUGGUCAAGAAGAUGUUGCCUUGGCUGUGCCUUCAGCUCCUCAGUUUGACCAGCCAGUGCCGCCUGGCUCACAGAUUGAACCGAUGGGAUCACAGCUUUUCUCUCAAGUUCUGUCCAAUACCAACUACGAUGCACAGAGAUACAAUUCUAAAGAGACUCGCGUUUCUCUCAAUAAGGAGGCGAUGCUUCAGCUAUUGAAGCCUUCUGAUGGCCCGAAUAAAACCAAACCAGACUCUCACAGCCCGUCGCUAGGUGAUAGCCAUAGCAGGCAGUCCCCUUCACAGAACGGGAGAACGCCGAUUGAAUCAGGAACACCCUUCACGUACAAACCGUGGAGUACAUCAGCUGAUGCUGCAUGCACCGACCCAUCCGAUGCCAAUUCACUCCGUCCCAAUACCUGCAAUGAUACUCUUGAGCCAUUAGCCAUUGAGAGGCAACUCUCGUCUUCUUCAACUGGUCUCGUUGAUCGCGACGCGACUGCGAAUGGGGAUGUCCAACAAAACCAUGAUCUCUCAAAGAAAAGACAACGUGAUAGCAUGGAUGUGUCCUUACAGGCAUCCUAUGAUAACACAGAUUCCCAGACGCAACGAAAGUCGGUAAUUCAGGCACCAUCGAACAAACGACAGCGUAUUGAUACUGAAGAUACGACAAAAGCAAACCUGAAUGGGACCAAAAAGGUCCUGAAUGAGCCUGCGCCCAAGUCAGUGCUUUCCGAGGUACCGGAUUUGCCCGUUCAUGACCUGUUGCCAGAUCCAUGGGAUGGAAUGACAAAGAUACCGGCGAAUGAUGUUCAUAUCCCCAAAGAGCAGACCGAUCUCUUCGAGCCACUUGUGUGGAUUCAACAGGUCUCAAGCGAAUCUGCGCCGCUGUGUCACGUACCGCCCAGACUCUUAUCGAGAUGGAACGAUGUUGCUCAAAGAAGAAAAUUACUGGCGGAGAAGGAAGAUCGGAGAAUUGAAAAUCCAAUCCCAACCCCGCAAGAUACCUACAGAUCUGAAUCCGUCGCUGAGUCGGAGAUCAGUAGUCAAAGCUCAGAACCUCUCUCUGGCUGGUCUGAAGCCUCCGAAAAGGUUCCGCCUGACAGCCCCUCUCCCACGAAAUCCAGGAAUAUCAAGGAAGGCACCACGCCAAGCGGUACUCAAUCUAGCGCCUAUCAAAUUGCGAAUGAUAGUGACGUAGACAUGGUGAAUGGGUCUCGAGCUACUUCUCGGUCUGCGCGGGAGGCUGCCGCCUCUCAGAUUGUUCCAGAUACUGUAGCGCAGCGUCAGUCCCAAGCCCCUGAUGAAUCAACAAUAAUUUCGAGGGAAACUGAAUUCCAGCCUCAAGAUUCUGGGGAUGACCCAUCUCAUGAGCACAAUAAUUCUGGUUCAAGGAUUGAAAAUGCGGAACAAACAUCAAAUCAAAUUCCAGAAGCACAGGGUGGAAUGCGCUCAGGAAGCCCUCCAGCUGCCCCGGAAUCCCUUUCCCUUGAGUCAAGUGGCGAUGAAAGUGAUGAGGACGAGAUGGAGACAUCUGUCCCUUACGGUCUAGGGGCAAGCAUUCCACCGAGCAGUCAGCCUGAGCAGCAAAUUGGCAGCUCGGGCAAUAGCUCGGGUCUAUUGCUUCCAAGAAUCCUUGGCAAGCCAAGCACCCUUGGGAAAGGCGUUCAAGUCGUCGAGACGCCUGCCGUCCAAACAACUCAUUCACUCCGCGAGGAAGGUAAUGAAGCAGUUGAACCGGAGCUUUCAAGCACCCAACCAUCAUCCCAAGCUGCCAAGACAUCCUCUCAGUCUCGAAUUCUCGCGACCUACCACUCGCAAGAAACCUCCACGCAAAGUGACCCUUCUCAAGAGGUACAAACCCCGUCUUUGCCAAUCGAAGGUGAAUCCCUUCGGGUAGACGUGCUGGGUACUCAGAUUCAGACCAGCGCCUCGCAUACGACUUCCCAAGAGACGCCCAAGUCUCACACAGAAUUUGUGCUCGAUUCGUCAAAGACUGCUCAGCGCGAGUGGGACUCAUCUAUGUUCGGCUCACAGCCCUCUGCCAACCCUUUGUCCUUUGCUAGCUCUCACCCGCAGCCCAUGUCCCAACUUAAUGAACUCAGCCAGAAUUUUAUGAGAGAAAUGUCCUCUCUCGAUGGCACGACGUACUUCCCAGGCACGUCUCUGGGUGAUUCAUCCGGCUGGACCGCUCCUGAUGCAGAAUCACCAUCAAAGCCUCCCAAAACCAAGCAAACUAAAGGCAUUGAUACUCGGAUGGCGUUUCAAAGUCCAAAUGGCGAGCUGGUGGCACGGCGUCAGAGCUUUAUUGACAAGCCUGAUCAGACUGCCCAAGCAUUGAUGUUUUACGAGAAAUUCUGUAACGACUAUCCGUUAUAUUUUGGAGACUUUGCACAUUUUAUCGAGAUGUGCGCGAAGCUACAAGGACUUAGAGAAAACGGUGCUCUGAAACGAUCAUUCCUGUGGGACGACUUUGUUAUCAUGAAUCUCGAAGAGUAUCAGCAUCACGUGGAAGAGUGCGCGUCACAAGAUUCAAAGAUAUUGAAAUACGAAGACUUCUUCUGCUCAAACUUUUCAAGGCCCCGGCACAAGAAACGAAGCCUGACCACUCGUGCGGUUAAUGUGACCGCAUCUCAGUUUGCUCCGCCGGAUUCAACGACAUCUUCAAAUCAGCCGCCCCCAUGCCCUGCUCAUACCCAAGGGAAAUUUACAAACCCUUCUUUCACAGCGAGUCUUGUGGACAAACUAUCUGACCUUCACACUCGUUCGUUUGAUACCACCAGUGCCAGUGGUGUUUUCGAUGGUCCUAGCUCCAAAACAGAUGUAUCGGCUGCAACACAGCCCGCAGUACAAGUCAAAUUGGAACAAGAUGUUCCCAGCACUGAAGUGCUGGACUCUCAAGCUCCUACGACGAGUAGUGAUGGUCAAAAUCCUGUGCUUCCCAGCUCAGAACAGUGGGGGAAUUCAACGCAGCAUGAUGAAGACGACACACAGGUCAAACCUGAAAUGAGCGAUGUUGAUAUGAGCGAAGCCGAUGACUCUCAGGAGGUAGAUAAUACCCACCACAGAACCGCCAGCAUCGAACUUGGCGAUGACAGCGAGGAUCGCCACAGCUCUCAUGUCUCUCUCCCGACAGCCUCGACGAAGGCACCUGCCGAAGUUGCCACUUCUACUGAAGAUGUCCAACAAGAGGCGCAAAGACCACGACCCUGGUUCCGAUCUCUCAGGAACAUCUUCCCCACUGGCCCCGUCUGGUCGGAUGAUCCCAACACGCCCUUCAAGCGCUGGGCUCGAGAAGACCAGAAUGUUCUCCAAGAACUCAAUCGCCGUGGCGGGGCGAAGAUCCAACUCGAUGAAAAGGGCGUCAUCUGCCGGCCUACCUACAAAAGUGAACAAAGCCCUGGAUCAAUUUGA